AUGGUUGAACUCCUUGCUGUCAACCCCAAGAAGGGGGACGAUAAGUUCUAUCGUUACAAGAUGCAGAGAGUCAUGGUCAAGGUUGAAGGCAAAGGAAACGGUAUCAAGACCGUUGUUGUCAACCUGAGCAACAUUGCUGCUUCCCUCGCCCGCCCGGGAUCCUACGUCAUCAAGUGGUUUGGCCUGGACCUUGGUGCCCAGACCAACAUUGACCCUCCCGAUGACCGCUGGAUCAUCAAUGGUGCCCACGAGGCCGAAGUUCUGCAGAAGUCCCUCUUUACCUUCAUUGAGAAGUACGUCCUCUGCGACGACUGUGGAAAUCCCGAGACGGACAUCUCCAUCAAAGACGAUGUCAUUCGAAAGGAUUGUAAGGCCUGUGGUGCCCGCAGUAGGCCCCUGCCCCACACCAACUUGACCAACUUCAUGAUCAAGACUCAACCGAAGAAGGGUAAGAAGAACAAGUCAACCAAGGCUGAACGCCAGGCUGCCCGCGUUGCGAAGCAGCGAGGCCUCCAGAAUGGCAAGGAGAAUGGCAGCGGCAGCGGUGGUGAUGACAACUCGGAGAACGGCUCCAACGAGAAUGGCAACAACGAUGACGAUGAUAACGACGUCGGUAGCGACGACGAGUUCACCAAGUUCAAGGCUGACGCGCAGGUCUAUGAUGCGUCCAAGGACAUCAAGGAUGAUGACUGGGCUGUUGACAUGUCUGAGAAGGCCGUCAAGGCUCGUCAGAACCAGCUGCCCAGCGAGUUUCGCCAGAGACUCGUCCUUGAAGGUGGCGAGGAGGACGAGGAGGGAGAAGGCGGCGGUAGCACCGCCUACGAUGCCCUGGGUGAAUGGGUUCUGGAGCAGGCUGAGAAGGAAGGCAUUGAUAAGGUUGAUGACCUAGAAGUUUACAAGAAGGCUAAGGAGCUGGGCAUCGAGGCCAAGUACAAGACUGUCUUGGUCCUCGUCCAGACUCUCUUCAACGAGAAUAUCGCCACCCAGAUUCCCAAACGCGCUUCUCUGUUCAAGCAGGUCGCGGGAAAGAACUCGGAGCGCCACGAGAAGGCCCUUCUCGGUGGCCUCGAGCGCCUGUUGGCUAGCAAGGGUAAAGAGCACCCCAAACUCAUGACCCCUGACACCAUCUCGAACAAGAUCCUGUAUCAAUUGUACGAGAAGGAUUUGAUCACAGAGGACAUAGUCAAGAAGUGGGGCUCCAAGGCCAGCAAGAAGUACUGCGACCUAGCUAUCUCGCGUGAGAUUCGCCGCUCCGCUGAAGUUUUCAUCAAGUGGCUUGACGAGGCUGAAUCGGAGGAGGAGACUGAUGACGAGUAG